AUGCCUGCUGCUUUUUCAUGUUACGAGGCUGCUUCCAUGAAGCCAGUCUACUACACAUCUACCGCAGAGAUAAUCAUUCGUCGGCCUGACGGAGUGGAGAGAUACGUACCAGUGCACAUCAUAAAGGAGACCCAGACAAAACGGUCUCCUUCGGAAUCAAAUUCACAAGAUGUCGUGAUUCAGGCGCGUGACCGAGAUGAUCAUUUGGACACAGACUUGAUUGUGGACUUCAUUGAUCACUUGAGAGGUAGAGGGGAUCUACUCAAUGAUAGUCAAAACGUGGAACGUGAAAAUAACCUGAUAAAUAUUGACAAGAACGAUGGACCAAGUUACAGAAAGUGCGAGGAGAGAAUUAACAUGGCAAAUGGAAAGGGAACCCCCAUUACAAGUGACAUUGUGAACCCAAAACACCAUCAGAACUUAGAGGCACCGUCGACCCAUUUAGGUCAGGAUAUAUUGGAUUCCUGUGAGAGUAGAAAUGACAGUGAAUACUCAGACCUGUACUCUCCAUCAGGCGAGGCGCAGGUCUUUAAGCUCGGUGUCCUACGGGAGCCAUCUCCGCGAAGAAAUGCAAAAAGGGGUGACAUCAACGAGAAGGUGACGUGCUACAUAGCGGAGGUGGAGAAACAGAACAAGUACCUUCAGGAGAGGGCACACAAGUACAGAUUCCACAUCAUCCCUGACGGCAACUGUCUGUACAGGGCGGUGUGUAAAGCCGCCUAUGGAGAGCAGUCUAUGCACAAUGAGCUGAGAGAGCAAACAAUGCACCACAUAGCCGACCACCUGGAUGAGUUUAACCCCAUCAUUGAGGGGGAUGUCGGGGAGUUCUUGAUCAACGCAGCGCAGGACGGCGCCUGGGCGGGUUAUCCGGAGCUUCUGGCGAUGAGUCAGAUGUUGAAUGUGAACAUUUACCUAACCACAGGAGGUAGCUUGGAGAGUCCCACGGUUUCAACCAUGGUGCACUACCUGGGGGAACAGGAUGCAUCCAAACCCGCUGUCUGGUUGAGUUGGCUAAGCAACGGACACUAUGAUGUCUUGCUGGACAGGUGUGUGUCCAACCCAGAGUAUGACGAGUGGUUCCGUCACUCUCAGAUGCAAAGGAAACGGGACGAAGAGCUGGCCAAGUCGAUGGCUGCAUCACUGUCUAAAAUGUACAUCGAACAAAACGGUCACAUUUGA